AAGAAUAAUAAUGAACUCCGUCGCAGGCUACACGUCUCAAUAUACUACUCUCGACCAACGUGCGCACGACACUGUAGUAUAAGGUAUGCGGCUGCACGAAAAGGCUGUGCACGCAAUUUCCGUCGUCGCCCUGUACAACACAGACAUAUAAUCCGAGAGUUGAUCGGCGACGCGGACAGGCCGACUCGAGGAAAAAAGGACGACGAAGAGUCUUGAGUGGGUAUCGGAGACACGGGACGCGAUUCCGAAGCUCAUGCGCAUUUCCGCGAGCUUUCGAGCUGCGGCUGCCGGUCGCUCAGUUGCAGCCCCGCUACGUCGACCGAUCGCAUCGAGUGUGCUCCGAGAGAGAUGGUUUUUGGUGUUUUUUUCUUUUGUUUUGGGAAAAAUUUUAUCCAUGGAUUUGAAUCGGUGAGACGCUUGGCCAAGUGGUUGUGGUAACUGAAAGUGCAGAUACGGUGGAAAACGAUUUUUUGUGAAUCGGAUGCUGCAACGAUUUUUAAUCUACUUGUUUUCGUUUGCGCGUAUAAAAUUCAGAUCUUCUGAAUACAAUUCAACAAUUACGCGUGUAGUCGUAGUGAUCAAAGUCAUGGCAUCAAAGAAGAACGCCCGAAAGAGGGUCAACCUGAAAUCCGUGGAAAUAGAAACGAAAACCCUCGUCGACGAGGCUACCGGUCAUUUGAAGAGUGGCAUCUACGACAAAGCUUUGAUACUCUACACGAAGGUUAAUUGGACUAAAAUUGCACUCUUUGUGUAUAGAGAACACUUUUGCUUCUUUGUGCAGGCUUGCACUUUACCGCUUACGGUCAUGCGUCAAUUAAGUAGAGAGCGAUUUUUACUUGCCGCUUUUUCUCUUUUCUUUGUGAUGCACGUGUGCGAGUUGUUGAAAAUGUUGUCGGAUUUAUCGUCGAAAAGAUUUUAUUUGCAAAGCGAUGGUAAUUUUUCUUGUUUGGGGAAUAACCGUGCAACGAGGAUAAUAGGCAUUUCGUGCAGUAAACGAAUAAGUGACAAGGUCGGUUCCCAUUUCUCUAACCAUAUAAUAACUAUGCAUUCAAUUGGAAGCACGAUGUAAGUAAUGUGCAGCUUUGUCGAUGGCAGGAAAUCGACUUUUGCAAUUUGUUGUCCUUGCUCAUUCGAUUUGUUGGAUGGUAUAUUAAAAAAAUUUAUGGGAUGGAUAGAUAGGAUUAAUAUACAGUUUAAGUAGUGUAAGCUGGGAUCGGCCGGACGAAGCGCAUACAUUGCAUGUAUUUUUGCGCUUACUUGAUUAGAUUAUAUUUCUUGUUUGGGCCAAUUAUUAAUUUUUCCCUGAGAUUAUAAUUCUUACACGUAGCAAUAAAAUAAUAGUUUUGCGUUUUAAAAAUCAAGACAAGAAGAUGACUUCUAAAACGGAAUAUUUCAUAGAGACAUUAGAUAACUGGGUUAUCUUUCCGGUACAUUUUUUUUUCCCCGUGUAUUACUCAUACGCGUGGGAGAGCUUUGCAUAGGGCCUUGACUGCAUCGGUAACAUACAAGCCAAAAAAAAAAAAAAAAAAAACUUGAACAAAAGUAGAACAAAACCAGUUUUAGUUAGCUUUUGUUGUCGGAGCUCGAAGAGAAAAAGGCUCGUAUGUGCUCGGCGCGCGCUGUAUAAAACAAUGCAAGGCACAAAGGUGAUCGCGUCGGGUUCAAAGUACUCGGCUGCGCCCGGCGCAACAAAGCUCCAUAUCCGCGCGAAAGACUAUAAGAAUAACUCUCUUCGUUGAAUUCGACGCGACAAUUUUUCGUGAAACAGGGAACCGAAUUUUUUCAAAUAUUUUAUUUUGUAAAUUUUUCAUCGAAUUAACUAUGCUUCAACAAUAUAAGUGCCUAACUAAUUGAACAACAUCCGAAGCGAGCGCCAUCACUCUCAACGUAUUUCAGAAUAUCUACCGAAACCGCUUCAUUCGAGCAUUGCAAUUUCCCUUGGAAAAACUAGGGGCAAAUUCAAAGUGAGAAAAUUAUACGUCGUGAGGCGCGCAAUCAAAGGUGGUACAUAUGACGCAUUGUUGACUGUUACUAAGGAAACACUGCGCGAGGCGGCCAGGAAGGUGUCGAUAAUAUCCACACAUUCUUUCACCUCGCAUACCGCCAUGCUCGAUCGCUAAUUUAUUUACAAGUUUCUCUAUACUCUGCAAGUUCUGUCAAAGUGCAAAGAACAUUCCUGCGAGUCUUUGUUAGCUUAGUCAAAGUCGAAAAAUCGUCCAAGUCGUGGAACCGAAGUGAAGUACGAAGUAGAAGCGAUAUCAAGCUCGAGCUCUAUACGGCUGACCUACUAAAAUUCCAAACCAGCUUCGCGUACAAUAAAUUCGCCACAAAGUUGGAAUUCUAUGUUCGCGUAAGCAACAAGUGUCGCCUUACACCUAUUAAAUCAUUCUAAAAAUGGCCGAAUCGGAAGCCCAAAAAGCCACCGAGUCAAAAUCCGACGCGCCGACAGUAGUGGUCUCCAACAUUCUCCGACCAACCCUCCACGACAACGAUUUCCUGCAAAGCUUCGUCCGCAUCGGCCUCGACGAGACGCCCGAACCCCGUCACAGGACUUUCGCCGAGGAGAGACACAAAAGAAAGGAAUCCUUAGCAGCCGGUCCGAUCAAGCAAAUGGGCUACCAAGAGUCCGAGGCUCGUCGCUCGUCACGAAGUCGAGAGAAGCGCGGCUCCGUCGUCCGCGUCGGCAGCCUGCACAACAACGGCAAAAGCGUCCAGGAGAUCCUCCAGGAGGAGAUGAAGCUCCAGAAGUCGAAAAAACGCCGACGUCGCAAGAGCGACGCCCACAGGCAGGAGGAGGUCUACACCGACAAGGACAGAGCCGCCGCUGUCAACAUGGGCAGCAGGGAUAUCAAGCAGUCGCUGAAGCUCAAGAGGAAGCAGGACAGGAGUAAAGCUCUGCAAAUACCCGAGGAGGCCGAGCCCAGCGCUAUGCUCGCCCUGGGAAUGAGGGAACUGAGAUGCGGCAAUGUCGACGUUGCUGUUAAUUGCAUUAACAAGGCUCUAGAGCUGAGUCCAAACGACAAGAACGCCCUGAUCGCCCGAAGCCGUUGCCACCUGUUGUUGGGCGAGCCGCAAAAAGCUCUGGAAGACGCCGAGGCAGCUCUGCACGGACGUGCCAAGGAUCCGCACAACGCCAAGGCGCUUUUCUCCAAAGCCGAGGCUCUCUACCACCUCGGCGAUUUCGAGCUCAGUCUGGUCUACUACUAUCGCGGCAUGAAGAUCCGGCCCGAGUUCGACCAGUUCAGACUCGGUGUGCAGAAGGCCAAGGAGGCUAUUCAGAAUAUUCUUGGAAGCAACUCGGUACCGGCACCGAAAAAAACCGACAGUCGCACGGAUGAGCUUCUCGAAGAGGGAACAUCGGCCAGGCCGAAGACUUGCAGUCCCAUGACGGUUCUGGGCUCGGAAAAAUCGGAAACAAAAUCGGUAGCCAAGUCUACGGAAAGCAGGAAAACCAUCUCUUCGAAGCAGAGCUCCACGUCGAUACACAGACGGAAAGCACACCCAGUGAAGAGGCCCAGCACUCAGGAGCUGCAACUGCUGGGUCAGCUGAACGUGGAUAAACGAUACCUGCAGAAUUUCCUAAAGCGACCUGGCAUCAUGCCGAAGCUGAAGCGGAUAGACGAUAACGACCUGGAGACUGAUUACGGUUUCGUGCACGGAGUCUUCGGAGCGGUGAUCGUAGCCGAUCGCAUGAGAGGCAGCGCGAUGUACGAGCUGGUCAAAGUCGGUCACGAGAAGCUCCUCGGUGAAGUAAUUCGGCUGAACGGUGACUCGGCGACGAUUCAAGUCUACGAAGACACGAGCGGCUUGGCCGUCGGUGAUCCAGUUCGUAGGACAGGCCGGCCUUUGUCGAUCGAAUUGGCGCCAGGUCUUCUAGGUUCGAUCUUCGAUGGGAUCCAGCGUCCGCUCAAGGACAUACACGAGAUGUGUGGCUCGAUCUACAUUCCCAAAGGAGUUGGAUUGCCGGCCAUAUCGAGGACGACUCUGUGGGAGUUUCACCCGAUGAAGCUGAGGAAGGGCACCUGUCUCACCGGCGGAGACGUCGUUGGUCACGUCUACGAGAACAGGCUGAUCAGGCACAAAGUCAUGCUGGCCCCAAACUGCCGAGGAAAGCUGACUUACCUGGCACCUCUCGGCUGCUACACCGUCGACGAGAUAAUCCUCCAAACGGAUUUCGACGAGAAUCUCAGCGAUCACUCGAUGCUGCAAACCUGGCCGGUCCGGCAGGCUCGACCUUGCGCGGAAAAGCUCAAGAGCGUACAGCCUCUGCUGACCGGUCAGCGAAUUCUGGACGCCCUGUUUCCCAGUGCUCAGGGGGCAAGCGUCGCCCUUCCCGGCGCCUUUGGCUGUGGCAAGACAGCUCUGGCGCAGGCUCUAGCCAAGUACUCCAACUCGGACCUCGUGGUGUACGCGGGUUGCGGCGAGAGGGGUAACGAAAUGGCCGAGCUGCUGAGGGAUUUCGGAAGACUCGAGGUCCAGGUCGACGACGUGAGAGAAUCGAUAAUGAAGCGAACGACUCUCGUGGCCAACACGUCCAACAUGCCAGUGGCAGCCCGGGAAGCUUCGGUCUACACAGGCCUCAGCCUAGCCGAGUACUUCCGAGACCAAGGCUACAACGUCGCCCUCAUGGCGGACUCGACCUCGCGUUGGGCCGAGGCUCUGCGCGAGAUCGGCGCGCGUUUGGCUGAGAUGCCCGCCGAGGCGGGAUACCCAGCUUAUCUGGGCGCCAGACUCGCCAGCUUCUACGAGAGAGCCGGGAGAGUCAGGUGUCUGGGGAACCCCAGGAGAGAAGGAUCCGUCAGUAUCAUCGGAGCUGUCUCACCGCCGGCCGGAGACUUCUCGGACCCGGUGACCAAUGGGACUCUCGGAGUGGUCCAGGCCUUCUGGGCUCUGGACAAGAGACUGGCCGAGAGCAAACACUUCCCGGCGGUCGACUGGCUGAAGAGCUACAGCCGAUGUCUGGGAGCGCUAGGAAGGUACUACGACGCUCGCUUCCCUCAAUUCACCGAGCUGCGAACCAAAGCUCUGGAGAUCCUGCAACGUCAAGCGGAAAUCCAAGAGCUGGUCCAGCUGAUCGGACGAGCAUCGCUCUCCGAAUCCGACAAGAUCCUCCUGGACGUCGCGAACAUUCUGACGGAUGACUUCCUCCAGCAGAACGGCUACUCGGACUACGACAGGUUCUGUCCGUUUUACAAGACCUACGGCAUGCUCAGGAACAUCCUGGCCUUCUACGAAAUGGCGAGCGAGAUCCUGACGAAGGUCGACCGAGUCGCUGAACGGGAGAAGAGGAUUACGUGGGCCGUUGUGAAGAGGAAGGUCAAGGGGCUCUUCGAGAGGCUGAGCAUCAUGAAGUUCCUGUGUCCGGUGGCGGACGGCGAGAGGCUCAUCCGAAGGGAGCUAGACGGACUGUACGAUGAUAUGGAGCGAGAAUUUGGGAAAUUUAAAGAAUAACUUUUUUAUAUCUGAAGGCGGCGCAUCAGGAAUCGGCCCAGCACAUCAUAGCGCACGCAGAGGAAGGCGUCAACUUUCUCAAAUCGCGACAGGAGUUCUGGCGGCAGCAGCGAACUGAUAGACCUUCUCAAUCUAGGAAGAAGUAGAAUAUUUACUUGUAAUACUUAACUGUGUAAUAUGUACAGUUCAGGAAAUAAAUAUUUUUAUCGACUAAUGUGUCCAUUACAAAAAUUUAUCGUGAAAAAUAGCGACUAGUCACAGGCGGAUACGUCGGGCCAUUUUCAAAAUCCGUAGUGACAGCCAAGUAGAAGUGAAACUUUUGAAAACAAAAAUAAAUAAAUAAAUAAAUAAAAAGAAAGCACCUAUAAGAAACAAAGCACGCGCUCCAACAAUUCAAAUCGCCCGCGUCUGGCGCAUGCAUCGUCUGCUAAAGAUGGCGGGAAGCCAAUCGCGUAAAACGCCUCAAAAAAUAGCCAGGCUGUGCGAUUACUAUAUAUACCAGUAGCUAACAGACGGCCACGAGGACGACAAGACGAUCCUUUACCUCGCACGGCGACGGCUCAGUAGCAGGCACGCAACGCACGCUGCCGGAAGUUCGGCCUGUCGUCAAAGA